AUGAAGCCAAUUGGACAAGUGCUUUGUGCUACAGGGGUUGUAGCUGGCCUCAUAACUUUCUUCUGGAAAGAUGACUUUAACCCAGAGAACCUGUCUGGUGCCUGUGUUCUCAUGACUAGAGCCAGUGCUGGGAUUGGAGAGCAGAUAGCAUAUUGCUAUGCCAGAUUUGGUGCUGAAAUUGUGUUGACUGCCAGAAGGGAAGCUGUACUGCAGAAGGUGAUGGAGAAAUGCAUGACACUUGGAGAAAAGAAAAUGUUUUAUAUCCCUACAGAUAUAUUUUCCCCUUCAGAGCCUGAAAAUGUGGUUCAGUUUGCUGUCCAAAAGCUGGGGGGCCUGGAUUACCUGUUGAAGCACAUCAGCAAGAACCGUUCCCAGCAGUGGGCCGGGGAUGUGGAAUACACCUGCUGGCUCAUGCAGGUGAAUUUUUUGAGUUAUGUGGCUCUUGCAACAGCAGCUCUUCCCACCCUGGAGAAGAACAGAGGUGCUCUGGUGGUUGUUCCUUCCCUCACAGGGAAAAUGCCCACUGCCUUUAUCACUUCUUACUCUGCCCUCAAGUUUGCACUGGAUGGAUUUUUCAGCUCCCUGCACCAUGAGCUUAUCAUGCAGAAGAGAGAUGUGUCUGUCACAUUGUGCAUCCUGGGCCUGAUAAACACUGAUUCAGCAUUGGAGUACACCAGGGGCAAAGUGCACCUCAGUGCCUCCCCUGCUCCCGAGGCCGCGCUCGCCGUUGUCCGGGGCGGAGCCGCUCUGGCGGAGGUUUUCUACCCGCGGUGGCUGCAGCAGCUCUGCUGCCUCCGGGCUCUGUUCCCCAGCAGCGGGCACCACGUGCUCCGGAUUUUGUAUAACUACAGCAGUCCCUAG